ACGUCAUUUUCAUGAGUGGUUCUAUUUUUAUAGCGUUUUGAAACUUAAACUUUAAUUAUAAUCACCCUGUAUUUCGAAGUUUUAAAUGUUUUGUCCAGAAUUCACGAAAUUGCUACGUAGCAUCCUUAAUCGUCCAGGGCGUGGCAUUUGUUUAUUAAAUAAACAGAUCUAUCUGUAAACUGAGUCAUCGCAUGUCGUCAGUCACAAAGAUUGCAAAGAUCAUACAUAAAAAAAGUGAGAGUGAGAUCUGCGUUCUGAUUGGCUAACUGUCUAUGUAUACAUAUCUUAUCGUAGAUACUGAAGUAAAUAAUACCGAAUAAUAACAACUGCGAAUUUAGCAAGACAUAGUCUACAAAUGAAUAUGAAUAUGGAUGACAUCGAACUCAGAAACAUCGAACCAGAUCAACCUCUGAUUCGGUCAUUGUCUCGAGCAGAAUCCUUUACUCAUCAGGAUGACCAGAUAGACACAGAAUAUGGCACAGUUACUGUAGCAGUUCAUGGUGAAAAAAAUAAACCAGCAAUUUUGACAUACCAUGACAUAGGAUUAAACCAUAUAUCCAACUUCCAAGCAUUCUUUAAUUUUGUGGACAUGCGAAUUUUAAUGCAGAGCUUUUCAAUUUAUCAUGUGAAUGCCCCAGGGCAGUCAGAAGGUGCUCCGAAUUUACCUGAAAAUUUUAUAUAUCCCACAAUGGAUCAACUAGCUGAGACUUUAAUUCCUGUAAUGAAAUUUUAUGGCUUAAAACACUUUGUUGGAUUGGGUGUUGGAGCUGGUGCUAAUAUUCUUGCUCGAUUUGCGUUGGCACACCCAGAUUGUGUGGAUGGAUUGUUUCUCAUAAAUCCUACUUGUACAGUAUCUAGCUGGACUGAAUGGGGCUAUCAAAAGUUAAAUGCUAUGCAUUUACGUUCAGCUGGAAUGACUGCCUCAACACUGGAUUAUUUAAUGUGGCAUCAUUUUGGACGGCAAAUAGAAGAAAGAAGCCAUGAUCUGAUCCAAGUAUAUCGACAAUAUUUUAGUACUUCAGUCAAUGCAUAUAAUCUCUCUCUGUUUAUUGAUUCAUUUAUAAAGCGUACAGAUUUGGGCAUUGUCCGUGAAAUGGAUCCAUUAAAGAAAAAAGAGGCAAAAAAUUUUAAGUGUCAUGUUCUUCUGCUUUGUGGAGAUAUGUCCCCUCAUCUAGAAGAUAGUGUAACCAUGAACAGUCGUCUUGAUCCAACGAAUUCUACUUGGAUGAAGCUGUCUAACUGUGGAAUGGUUUUAGAAGAAGAGCCAGCUAAAGUCAGUGAAGCUCUUCGUUAUUUCUUGCAAGGGCUUGGUUAUGCUCUCAAUCAGUAUCGCCGUAAAUCAUCAGCUGCUUCAUCACUCAGUUGUGAAGAAUCAUCUACUGUGGAAGAGAUUAAGAAUUUCAACUUAAAGCAUGUCAGUAUAGAAGAAAAAUAAAACUACAGCUUUAAAUUCUAUCAUGCCAAAGUCCGCACAUUCCAGAGGCAGCUCACCAACCAGAUUAGAGGUGCACAUUGUGGAAAAUCCUAUCAACAAUCUUGAUGUUCCUUGCUGAUAAGCAUUAAAGAUGACAGUUUCUCAUCUACUUCACCAGCAUCGAGGAAAGGCAUGUUUUCAUAGACUAGUCGAAUUACUCUUUUGAGCAUUUUCAAAAACAAAACAAAAAAAAAAAGUAUGUACCAUAAAUUAGUCGGCAGAGUCAUAGUUUUUUUUUAUUGAUAAUAUUUGGUACAUAGUGCUUUAUUUUGAUUACAUUUACAUCUGUUCUGUUGUUUAUAAAAGAACUAUAUUUAAAAGUUUAGAGUUUGUGAAUAUUAUUAGACAUGUAUUGUUUUCAAAGUGCAUUUGACUGCUGUAUAAACAUAAAAUACAUUCUUCUUAUAGAUCUGUAAACCAAUUUAUUUCUUGUGUUCUGUAGCUGCAUUUAUUUAUUUAUAUUCUUCAAGUUUUUAUCAUAAUUUUAAAAUUAUUAGAAGAGCUGUUCAAAAUUCUUUAGUGAGAAUAUAUUCAAUUUUAAUUAAUUAACUGGAUUGUAGUUUAUUAUUUUAAUCAUUCUGAGAGUUUUUCUGUUUUUAAAGAUGAAUACUACUUAAGGGUACUGUGAAAAAAAUAUUUAAUGUUGACAUUUAUAAUUAUUUGAAAAACUGUAACUAUCUGUAAAAGAUAUAUUACCAUAAAAAGUGUAGUCUUAAAAAAUGGGUGAUUAUAGAAAGGGAAUCUGUAAUUUUGUUUAUUUAAUUUCUUAAUUUAGAAGUAUGGUAUUUGAUAAUAGUUUUACUAUUAUUAAAUGUUUGUAAAUUAAAGACACAUAAUAUGCAAAUUUCAGAAUUUUUAUGAAACUUGUAUUAUGUAUACAGUGUCCGAGUUUAUUAUAGAUGUGGUAUCAUUUUUAGCAAUAAGGUUACAUUAAAAUUAAAAAAUGGAAAUCCUUAAUUUUUUCUAUAAACUGCUUUAGGUUUAUUGAUAUUUUCAUUUCAUCGUUCUCUGAUAAGCUAGGAAUGUUGUUGAAUAUUAAUUUCAGAUAUUAUUAAAAAAGCUAUGUUGUAAGAAUAGCAAAGACUAAUAAAAGAGAAUAAAAUAAAAAUUUGCAAGCUCUUAGACUUGAUUUUAAAACUUUCUGUAUAAUAAGAUGUUACAAAAAUUAUGUUUUUUUUUAAUUUAUUUUAAUGGUUUGUCAUCUUUGUGUGUUGAGAGCAUGAAAGUUGAAGUUUAAUUAGAAAUAUUAAUUACUAAUCAUUUCGUAUUUUAGGAAUGUGAAAAUGUUUUUAAAAAAUAUAUAAACUUUUAAGUAGCUCAUUUUGCUGUGCAUCUGAGUAUUGUACAAUAAAUUCCAAUAAUCUGCUUAA